AUACUGAUUCCUCGCCCCGCGGGGCAGCUGAGUGUGUCUCAGGAGGGCUGGAGGCGGUGGCGCUCCUGGCUGCGUCACAACCUGGCGCAGCGUCAGGGUCGUCGUCCUGCGGCAUUUAAGAUCUGCUUGGUAAACCUGGUGCACCACCAUGCUGGCCGCAAGACUUGUGUGUCUCCGGACACUACCUUCCAGGGUUUUCCACCCAACUUUCACCAAGGCCUCCCCUGCUGUGAAGAAUUCCAUCACAAGGAAUCAGUGGCUCUUAACACCUAGCAGGGAAUAUGCCACCAAGACCAGAAUUGGGAUCCGGCGUGGGAAAACUGGUCAGGAACUUAAAGAGGCAGCAUUGGAACCAUCAAUGGAAAAGAUAUUUAAAAUUGAUCAGAUGGGAAGAUGGUUCAUUGCUGGAGGGGCUGCCGUUGGUCUUGGAGCAUUGUGCUACUAUGGUUUGGGAAUGUCUAAUGAGAUUGGAGCUAUUGAAAAGGCUGUAAUUUGGCCUCAGUAUGUAAAGGAUAGAAUUCAUUCUACCUACAUGUACUUAGCAGGAAGUAUUGGUGUAACAGCUUUGUCUGCCCUGGCAGUGAGCAGAACUCCUGUUCUCAUGAACCUCAUGAUGAGAGGUUCUUGGGUGGCUAUUGGUGCGACCUUUGCAGCCAUGAUUGGAGCUGGAAUGCUGGUACAGUCAAUAUCAUAUCACCAGAACCCAGGUCCAAAGCAUCUUGCUUGGUUACUACAUUCUGGUGUAAUGGGUGCAGUGGUGGCUCCUCUGACAAUACUAGGAGGGCCUCUUCUCAUCAGAGCUGCAUGGUACACAGCUGGCAUUGUGGGGGGCCUCUCCACUGUGGCAAUGUGUGCACCUAGUGAGAAGUUUCUGAACAUGGGCGCCCCCUUGGGUGUGGGCCUGGGUCUCGUCUUUGUGUCCUCACUGGGAUCCAUGUUUCUCCCACCUACCUCUAUUGCUGGUGCCACUCUGUACUCAGUGUCAAUUUAUGGAGGAUUAGCUCUUUUCAGCAUGUUCCUUCUGUAUGAUACCCAGAAAGUAAUCAAGCGUGCAGAAGUAGUACCAUUUUAUGGGGCUCAAAAAUAUGAUCCCAUCAAUUCGAUGAUGGGAAUCUACAUGGAUACAUUAAAUAUAUUUAUGCGAGUUGCCACUAUGCUAGCAACUGGUGGAAGCGGCAGAAAGAAGUGAAGUGACUCAACUUCUGGCUUCUUAGAUACAUCAGAUAUCUUGCUUGUUAACAGGAGCAGAUAUUCAUUAGUUUGUACAAGCAGCUUUUUUGAAAUUUAGGAAAUAAGGACUUGUCAACAUGUUUCAAAUGUUCCAGUAAUGUAAUGCUUCAGGUCUGCUUUUUCUUCUGGAGAAUAAAUUUCAGUAGUUCUCUCUCAAAUAAGCACACAUAUUUCCAAUUCUCGUGUUUGAAUAAUUCUAAAUGUUCUAAUGAAAGUGAAAGCUAAGGUUUGUGUUAUGAAAAUUUAAGUGUCUUAUCUAUUUUUAAAUUUAUUUGGCUAAGUGAAAAUUAGCAAACCUGCAUAAUUUUUUUAUUGCAGCAUAUUACCAAUGUCAUAAGUGACAUAGAGGUUUAAAAGGACCCAAGAGAAAGGGUCACCUGCAAUCUUUCUUUGAAUACUUAGCACUUCUGUAAGUGGUGGUGAGCCAGUGAAAGGGGUCUAUUUGAAACAAACAAUGUCACUGUCACUGUUUUUAUAUUCAUCUGCUGAACUUAAAAGUAUUGAGCAUUAAGUCAAAACAUAGGUGAUUCAUUCUCCUGCCAUUUUGACAGUGUUAGGACAAUAUAAAAUGUUAAUCAUAUGGAGAAGUCUAGAUUAAUACAUACGUGUGUGUGUAUAUAUAUAUAUAUAUUAUGAUUGCUGAUAAUAUGUGUGUGUGUGAGAGUUUUGCUUUUGAAUCUUAAUGAACAAAUUAUCCUUAAAAUGCUUCUCAGGAUAAAUAGUCAAAGCAUGAAAAUUAUUGCAUUGUCCAGUACAGAAACCAUAUAUUCAUAAUUGCUGAGUUUUUUGCAUAUUUAUUGAAAUUUUUAAUAGAAAACAUGCUUGCCUUUCUCAUCUCUUCAGACUUUGAAGCUUUUUUUCAGAAAAGCCUCUUUGGCUUACACUUGAGAUUAUGAAAGCAGUUUUUCUCCUAAGACUUUAUUUUUUAUUUUAUUUCUCAGACUAAGUACUGAAAAGGAAGGCAAAACUAGUUUUUCUUCAUUAUAGCAAUCAAAAAAUAUAACUAGGAAAAACCUUCAUUAAAAUUUUCCUGACAGUAUUUACUUUUUCCUGUAUAGACUAGCAUUUAACUCUAUGACAUUUAUAGGUUUCUUGAUAAAGAAGAGUUAUUUUUGGAUAUUCUUAAUAAAGGGAAUAAGUGUAUGAUUAUUUAGAUGAUUGGUAUUUUUGACAUAUUUAUUACAGUAAUCCAGAAAUAGCUAUUCUAAACAUCUCAAGUUGUACAGGAUGCUUCUUCCUGAAAUAAUAAAGGUUCCGGUCAGAUGAUGAUUGGUCUGUAAACUUCCUAACUGAACUAUAUGCUUGUUAUUUGAAGGGGUGAUUUGUUUAAGAAAGAAACCUAGUAUCUGCUGCCAAUAUAAUGUACAUAAUAUAAUGGGGCUAUGGAU